AUGUAUCCGGUUCGACCUACGAAAGGGCACUCGAAGAGCAAUUCGCAGACCACGUCUAGCGAAGUUCCAGCUAAAUCUCUCCAUCUAUACACUCGCCUCUGCCCUGGUCGCAAAGCUCUACUUUCCCCUUCGGAUACAGAACCUGCCCGGUACUUCGUAACCAACAAAUUCCCUCACAAACACGCCCACCAAUGGGUCCCGGUAUUUUACCGGGGGGAUAACCCUAAAUAUACCACUGAGACGACCGCCAUCGGACGAGCUAAGCGUACCGCCAUGUGGACCUCCUUCAAAGUUUGGCUGGGAGACGGGGUUAGCGAAGUGCUUCAAAAUGAGGAGCGACGCAAAAAAGCAAAGAGUUAUGAACGCAAGGAGAAAGUACGCAAGUUCUUUUGUCGAGGAUCAAAACAGCCAAAGGAGCCGCUAGAGGAUGAGCAACCGGUUUCCGGUAAGGUGAUACUGGUGCAUAUGCACCGGUCGGGACUGUCGCGGAAGGUCGAAUUUGAGGUUGGAGGGACGAGGUAUAGAUGGUCCGGUACACGGAAAUUCGCCACGGGCUUCAUGCAAGGGGUAAAGUGUUGGUCGCAUUGCUUGAAGCUCAUCCGUACCUCCGACCAUGCCCUCAUUGCAACAUUUGAAAAGCGUCGUUCAGCGCGUUACCACCGCUCAAUCAAAACCGGACAGCCUCCUAAUAAGAAGAAAUCAUUUAUUGGGGUCCUUUGCAUCUAUGAAGAGGCUUAUGCAAUGCAAAUUGCUGACGACCAUGGUGCCGGCGGAUCUUCAGUGGCAGCUUUUACGGCAAGGGUGGAUGCGCUUGCCAGCAACCCGCGAAGUCGCGCAAAGGAUGAGAAGGAUCUCAACCCUGAUGGGCUUCAUGUGGGAAACUUCACAGAGGACAUGAUCGCGCUGAGUUGCUGGAUUGUAGAAGAGGCCGAGCAUCGAUUGCGGUAUAAGAUUUUUGAUUUGCUCGAGGAGAUAGGUGAGAAUGCUGAGGGAUAA